ACUAUAUUGAUCAACCUGCUAAACCCAGCUAUAAAACCAAUUAGCUAACUAGCUGGCUAGCUAGCAUAGCUUCUGAACCGAUUUGCGUCUGAUUUUGUUGCCAACAAGCUAGCAGGAUUAAUUGUUAAUUUACAGUGUUAGAGACGGAGAUUCUAAUCAGGUGUCUGAGUCUCAAUGCCCGAGCAAGGCCCCAGGAUGAAUGGCUUCUCCCUCGGCGAACUCUGUUGGCUAUUCUGUUGCCCACCUUGUCCAAGUCGCAUCGCGGCUAAAUUAGCAUUUCUCCCACCGGAGCCAACGUACUCGGUGCAUACAGAUGCCAAUGGAACCUGUAGCCUUCACUUAACCGAGCGUGCAGAUUGGCAGUACUCUCAACGCGAACUUGAUGCUGUCGAGGUAUUCCACACCAGGACAAGUCGAGGAAACCGUGUCAGCUGCAUGUUCGUGCGUUGUGCCCCGAACAGUCGGUACACAUUGCUUUUUUCCCACGGUAACGCGGUGGACUUGGGCCAGAUGUGCAGUUUCUACAUUGGUCUUGGUUCAAGAAUCAAUUGUAAUGUCUUCUCUUAUGAUUACUCGGGCUACGGAGUAAGCACUGGAAAACCAUCAGAAAAAAACCUGUAUGCUGAUAUUGAAGCUGCUUGGCAAGUUCUCAGGACAAAGUAUGGUGUGACUCCAGAGAACAUCAUCCUUUAUGGGCAAAGCAUCGGGACUGUUCCCACAGUUGACUUGGCAGCGCGGUAUGAAUGUGCAGCGGUCAUCCUCCACUCUCCGCUCAUGUCUGGCCUUCGUGUGGCUUUCCCAGACACUCGGAAAACCUACUGCUUCGAUGCUUUCCCCAGCAUCGAUAAAGUGUCAAAGGUGGCCUCGCCGGUACUGGUAAUCCACGGCACCGAAGACGAAGUCAUCGAUUUCUCUCACGGCCUGGCCAUCUACGAGAGAUGCCCACGUGCCGUCGAGCCCCUCUGGGUGGAGGGCGCCGGGCACAACGACAUCGAGCUUUACGCCCAAUACCUGGAGAGACUCAAGCAGUUUAUCUCCUUUGAGCUGCCCACUUCCUGAAAGCGUGCCAGUCACCGCACUACAUCCGUGCCCCACGAGACCCCGGGGCGCGCUUUUCGACCGAUUCUUAGUCCUCUGUCCCCGGUAGUGA